AAAAAAAAACUUCUUGGCUCACUUUGUCUCUUGUUCUCGCUGAGAAGCAGAAUUUAGGGUUCCGACCAUGGCCGGUUCGUUGUCGACGGGGGAUUUUCACAUUCGGAAGAAGCCGAGGUUGGAGAAAUUCUCCAGCGAAUCAAGUUACGGCUACACAUUCCGAGAACUCCGGAGAUACGACCCUUACGACGAUGAAUACGUACGACAGUACAUCUUAUACUACCAGUACCAUAAGAGCGAGGGUUUCGUGAUUGAUUGGGAUAAAUUGGAUUUUCGGUUCGAGACUAGGCCUAUCAUGGAUCCAUUCCGUCUUGAUGUGUGCAGUACCAAUGAUGAAAUGAUCCAUGGCGUGGCUCUCCGUGCUAUUACACAACACAAUGUUUGAUACGGUCAGUGUCGUCUUGAUAUAAUGAAUGAAUGUUUUUGUUCCUUUGUUUGUUCUUACUUGCUCACAAAGUUUUGUAUCCAGGGAAGUCGGAUUGAGUUGGUCGAUCACGUGUCGGCAAGUUACAGGUGGUGUGCUGGUAUACUUUAUUGGGUAACGUUUUUGGCUCGGGAUUUGGCCUCAUCCGAUCCCGAGCCUAGACUUUAUCAAGCUAAAGUUCGUCUCUGUGGACCAACGUUCUGUCAGAUUUAUAUCUUCAGGCUCAGACCAACUGAUGAAGAGAUUGCUGCAGUUCAAGUGGAUCCCCCUCCUCCAUUGUAUGAUGAUGACCCAGAGUUACCCACCAUACUUUUCACUGUGACUGGUCCAGGAUCGGGUUACAUGUCUAUACCCGAAGUUUUCUUCACUCGGAUUCCUGCAGAAGUUGAGCCCGUGUCGUCACCAUAAUCCUCACCGUGAAAACAAAAACUCAAAUGUGUCCGGUUGUAUUGUCUAAGUUUCUUAUUUCUCUCUUUCUAAUCCUAGUUAGAGCUCUAGUAACUUGGUAAGUUGUGGGGCUUAAACUUAUAUAUAUUUUUUUUUUUUUAUCAAACGACUUAAACUUAUAUAUAUCAUGAGGAAACCUAGUUAAAGAGCUUUGUUCCA